AUGGACCCAAGCAGCAGAAAACGAGGCUAUGUCAACUACCCUGAACCGCUCAAGGGGCCUGAUGUACCUUACCAAGAUGAUCGCAAGUCGAACCCCGCCAUCCGGGGCUGGAUUCUGGUCAUUUGUGCCUACAUAAUGGAAUAUGUAGGAUUUAUUCGCCGUACGGUCUGGAAGAAUGCCGGCUUCGCCACACUGCGCAAUAUUCGGCCGCAGAUUGAGGACUACGAGCCAUUCUUUGAGCCGGCCAUUGUCCCGCUACCAGAUGCUGUCGAGCCGACCGACAAGCCGCUAGAUUUGACACUGCCAAGCUCUCUACCACCACCACCGGCUGAAAGGUACCCCGCGUCGAGGUACUAUUCGUCAAAUGAUUACCACGAGCUCUACCUCUCCGGGAAGUUGACCCCAACUGCUGUGGCAGAAGCUCUGCUGCCUCUGAUCCGACGGAACCAAGGCCAGAAGGGCCCGUACUCAAUUGGCUGGUUUGACACAAAGGAAGAUCUGGUUUUGCGGGCUGCGGAAGCAUCGACUCUGCGGUAUCGCAAGAAGCAGUCUCUUGGUCCUCUGGAUGGCGUCCCGACGGCCGUCAAAGAUGAGUAUGACAUGGAAGGGUACAUGUCAUGUCUCGGCUCUGUGAACGACUACACUGGCAGCUUCCUCGAAGACGGCACCUACACGACAUGGUGCGUGCGCAAGCUGGAGGAGGCGGGCUGCAUCAUCCUGGGCAAGCUGCACAUGGUCGAGUUUGGCCUUGACACUCCUGGAAAUAACAUCAACCACGGAACUCCACCAAACCCUUACAACGAGAGGUACUACACGGGCGGUAGCUCGUCAGGUGCCGGUUACGCUGUUGCCUCGGGCCUCAUUCCCUUCGCGCUGGGCAGCGACGGUGGCGGCAGCGUGCGGAUCCCGGCCUCCUUUUGCUCUGUGUACGGACUGAAGCCAACACACGGACGGAUCUCUUUCAAGCCAGGACAGAACCACUGCAUCACCUGCGCGUGCCUCGGUCCGCUGGCAGCUGAUGUGCGCACACUCGCUACGGCUUACUCCGUCAUUGGCCAGCCGCAUCCGACGUCCGCCUUCCCACCUGUGCCUCCGCCAUCCGUAUUGCUUGACCGUCAGCGCCCAACUCUUCCGUCCUCCCUCUCGGCACCGUCUUCUCCGCGUGUUCUUGGCAUCCCGAACGUGUGGAUUGCGCAGGCUGUGCCGGCUGUCCAGGAGCUGUGCAACACAUUUAUUGAGUCUCUGGUUCGCGAUCACGGCUACACUACAGUGCCCAUCGAGAUACCCCUCUUGGUUGAGGGCCAAAAUGCCCACGCCUUGACCGUACUCACGGAUGCGGCCACUCUUCUCCCGGAGUAUGGAAACCUCACGCCGACAACGCGCAUUCUGCUUUCAUUGGGCCGAACAACGCCGGCGACAGACUACCUGCUGGCCCAGAAGCUCCGUCGCGCGCUUGUCCAGCAUUUGUCCUAUCUGUGGCACAAGCAUCCCGGCAUGAUUAUCAUGACGCCAACAACGAGCUGUGCAGGCUGGCCGGUGCGCAGUCCCAGUGAAUACAGUUACGGAGUAAGCGAUGGUGACACCACAAUUCGCAGCAUGGAGUAUGUUUGGCUGGCAAACUUCUGCGGUCUCCCAUCAAUCAGCAUUCCAGCUGGUUAUGUCGUGCCGGAAGGGCAGCCGGGUGCCGGAAACAUUGCAGGCGCCAACGUCAGUGGGAAAGUGCCAGUUGGCAUCAUGGCCACGGGUGAAUGGGCGACAGAGGCUGACUUGCUCCGCUUUGGCAUGGAUGCCGAGUCCGUUUCGGCUGAGCGCCGCGCGCGGCCGUCUAUCUGGUACGAUGUUGUGGCAUCGGCUAAGCCCAAGAGUGCUAUCACAAUUUGA